AUGUCGGAGCCACCGGGCAACCACCAUGCUGGCAAGACCAAGGGGUCGGCGGCAAAGGCAUCCCCUUCUGCGAAAAAGCAGUGCACAUACCAUGGCGCCUUCAAGUUCGUUCCAAACUUGGAGAAACUCAAAGACACAGAAAUCCAAGCCAGGUACCCAUCUGACCAUCCUAUCUGGCACAAGGACGACAACGACGAUUAUGAUCGAUCCAUACCAGCCUCGACAUGGCUGAAUAACUCCUACGGUCCUUUGCCUUAUGAGAAACAACAAUUCGGGGAACCCUGGGCCAGGUCAAAAAACAAUAAGACGGGGUUGGACGAGUACAAGGGCGAGUGCGAGGGGAAUAAAGCUCAAGUCGUUGGCUCGCACCGAAUGACGAACAUCAAGACGAGCAACGUCGCCGACAAACUGAUUGUCCCCUAUCUCGCAUUUCCAAGCGGGGCAGCUCUGACCUCAUUUGCCUUUACCGAAGGACUGGAGCUUUUCGGACCCCUUCUGGAGCAUAUUUACGAGGGGGCCAAGAAGGGGAGGUUCCACAUGCAGGACACUGCUGCAGUGAUCAGCCAACGUAACACAACCGACACUUACCUGAUGGAAGUAAUGAAGCGUGUUCGCGACGAUAAGGACUACAUCCCGUUUGUGGUUAACGCGCAUGUUGAGGCGAGCAUGAGGGACAUCUCCCCAGUCAAUGGGUUCGCGGGCCCAGCUACUGGUAUGGCUUUUGUCUACAAAGUGCUGUGCUGGAUGACCCAUGGUCAAGGCUGGAACCCGGACAAUGCUCGCGCCAAAUGGGCAGCGUUCGAUGAACAAGAAGACGUCCGUCCAGAGCAGAAGAUGGCUGCCUAUAUGGUCGACCUCAACAGCAACUAUCGCUUCCGCCGGCACGACGGCUCGGACCCCCUUUCCCCGGAGCGGUAUCUUGAGUUUACAUUGGAGGACUGGAACCGCAGUCUUUUCCUUGUUGCGUGGAUUUUCAAGUGGAUGGACAAGCCAUGGGCGAAAUUGGGCGACAAGAGGGAAGGUACUGUGGACAUUUUGCACUAUCACGCGGCAUCGGAAGCGACGGAGCAGGCCAGGGAGCACCAGGCCAACCUCGACGAAGACCACGAACGCAGGGAAGACAUUUUGAAAGCGUACAACGACAUGAAGAUUAUCGGUAAGCCUGCAGACCUGGCCGAUCGAGAGUUUUCGAAAUUCGUGAAUGAUGUCAUCGCCGCACGAUUUGACACCAAGAGCAAGAAGUUCGAAUACGAGAAGCCCAUGGUCGAAUUGACAAGACAGAUCGAGAGAUUUGACACGUAUGCCGCUAUCACGAACAGCCCGGAGAUGACAGGCAACCUCAACAAGCCCUCAACGUACGAGGAAAUCGAUCUUCACAACAUCACAAAGACCUAG